CCCCCAAACUAAGGAAACCACGGAGAAAGCAGGAGAGGCAGGCAGGCUUAAUUGCAUCCGCCCUCCUCUUUCUCUCCCUAACCUUUCACAAAAUUCAAACCCUAACCAACCCACUCAGGAAUCAUCCCAAACAUCAAAAUACAUUCAAUAACAUCUUCAUUUUUUUCCCCCAAAAAAUUGAAAAGGAGAUCAGAGGUUGAAUAUAGGGGAGGGGCAAUUAAUUAUUAUUAUUACGGAGUUUAUUGCAUUUGCAUUUGUAUUUGGAUUGAUUCAUCAUGAAAGUACACUCGAAAAGCUGUGGUAAUAGCCCGAUGGCGUCUUCCAACAGCCCCGGGUCAGCAUCUCACAGGAAUGGAUCAUUGUCCUUUCCAUUCCCAUUCUUUUCCGUUGAAGGCUUUUCCUACGGCAAGAUCCCCGAUCAGCCCUUAAAGUUCACCGUCCUCAAAUUAGACGGAACUUCUUUCGAUAUUGAAGUGGCGGGAAACAGAACAGUGGUGGAUCUGAAGAAUGCGGUGGAAGCAGCGUUUAGUCAUUUGGAAGAAGAAGAUGGUGCACAGGAGGUCUCAUGGUCACACGUAUGGGGGCAUUUUUGCUUGAGUUAUAAUGGCAAGCAGCUGCUCACUGACUCUGAUUAUAUUGAAAGUCAUGGAAUCAAGGAUGGUGAUAAGCUUGCUUUUACUCGGCAAGAAACCAUCAGUCAGCCAGUAGAUAAUCAAUCAGAAGGAGAGGACUCUGAUGUAUCUGAUGACACUGGAGAUAGACAAGCCGCAUGCAAAGAAGGCGAAGACUAUAAGUGCGAUGAGGAUGAUAGAGGUGAGCGCGAUGAGAACGAGGAAGAGAGCGAGGGGAGGAGCAGAUUGGUUUACUUCUUAAGAAAGUGGUUUUCGUACAGUAGAUUUCGGGCUAAAGAACAAGGAUGGAAUGAAAUGCAACAACAAGAUUAUGCCCUGGUUUCACAGGAGAUUUUGUAAAAAUGUUGCAGUACUAACUUACUUAAUAAACUGGUUUCUCCUUUCUCAAACACAGACUUGAAACACAGGUCAUGGUAGAUUGGUAGGUAGUUUAUUAAUUUGUUGGUCGUGGGAUAUGAACGAAGCUGCCAAUCGAUGAAACCAUCUUUUAAUUUAUUAUUGUUCACCUUUCAUUCUUUAACUCUUCCUCUUCAGAGUUGUCUUCCAAAUCUAUAAUAAUUUUCUUCCUUUUCA